UCCGCAGACUUGAUCAGUCCAAUGACAUACACAGAUUCUUAACAUUCAUACGUGCUCACAAUGCGAACUCUCACGGUGUGUAUUCUUUCGUUAUUGGCAAUUUUUGUGUCUGGUACAGGCUUGAAAGAAGAAUUCACUUGGCACAGAAUCACCUACGCUUGGCCUAGAGGUCAAGGCAAUGGACCUCGUAACAGGGUGCAAAGGUACGCUCAGUACGCUGGGGCUGGGGGUAGUAGCAGUCCUAUAAUCUACGAGGAUCCCAAUUUGCCCAACAGUGGAUGGAAUCCUUCAGAAGGGAUCGAUUAUAAUCAUGUUACGAACAUUCCUAUGGGUGCAAACGUAUGGAGGAACAAGCUCUUCAUCACGGUUCCUAGAAGACGACUAGGAGUGCCAUCUACAUUGAACUAUGUGCCAUUGGACAGUCCAAGAAGACACAACGUUCCGCUGAUUCCCUACCCAGAUUGGGAUACCAAUAUAUAUCCAGAUCCCAAAAACAGCGGUGAUAAUUUUGUGUCAGUAUACAGAGUAGCUGUGGAUCCCUGUGAUAGGUUAUGGUUUGUGGAUACUGGACUGGUAGAAGUUCUUGGAAAUGUCAGUCGUGUGCGGCCUACCACUUUAGUAAUGAUGGAUUUGACUACUGAUAAAAUCAUUCGAUCAUUCCAAAUCCCUGCAGACCAAAUCCGGCCGACCAGUGGUUUAGCUAGUGUAACCGUAGAUGUAACUAAAGACACCUGUGAUGAUGCCUAUGCGUAUAUACCUGAUUUAGGCGGAUAUGGACUUAUAGUGUACAGCCUAAGGGAAGACAGAUCCUGGAGAAUAACUCACAACUAUUUCUACUUGGAACCUCUAGCUGGAGAGUUCGAUAUCUCCGGUCACCGUUUUCAAUGGAACGACGGUAUAUUCAGUGUUGAACUAACUAAUGUUAAACCAGAUGGAAAUAGAGACUUGUAUUUCCAUUCCAUGGCAGGAACGCAUAUGUAUCGAGUGCCUACGAACAUUGUAAAGAACCACACUUUAGCUACGAGGUCAUACCAUGGAGAGGAUUUCCAGAAUCUUGGAGAUCGUGGAGCUGGAUCUCAGACCUCUUCCGCAGACAUCCAUAAACCCAGCGGUAUUAUGUUCCUAGGUCUAGUCAACCAAAACGCCCUAGGUUGUUGGAACACCAAAAAACCCUUGAGUACGAUUUCUGUAGUACAAAAAGAUGACGCCAAGAUGAUCUAUCCUUGUGAUGUAAAAGUAAGCAACGACAAAGUCUAUGUCUUGACUAACGCCAUGCCAGAGUUUUUGUACGGAGCUCUGAACUAUGACCAAAUUAACUUUAGAAUCUGGUCUAACACCAUAAGCAAGGCAGUAGCAGGAACUCAAUGUGCGAGCGGAGACAGUGCAUCCAUUACAUAUGCUGGUCCUGCCAACUAUGCCCAAGGUGGAUCAUACGGAGGAAAUAAGCAAAGAGGACCAUACAAGGGAUAUUAGUGGAUUUAUUUAUAUUUAGCAAUAUAUGACUGUACUUUUAUAAUUGUUUGUACUUUUUAGAUGAAAAAGAAAAAAAUAAAAUAAACAUAAGGACAUAAUGUCUUGUA